ACACAUCAAAGCACGAGGGGGGUUCUGUCAACAAAGAGAAGAGAGAGGGCUUCUGUCUGAGUCGUCGUGUCUUGUUCGCUUGUCCCUGCCACCCAACUGACAUCACCGACAUCAUCGAGACACGACACGGAAAGUGAUGCAGGCAGACCCUCCGUCUGUAUCGCCUGGGAUACCGCUCUUUUUGCCUCUGUCUGUGCCUGUGUCUGUGUCUGCGUCUGCGUCUCUGUCUGUCUGUCUGUCUGUCUGUCUGUUCGAGCCACCGUCAGUUCUUCAUCACGUACUCGCCCACAGGUGGUCAAAAGGGUGGUGCAAUGCCAAGUCAGAAAAACAAAGGAGUCAGGCGUCGCGUAGCCAACUGAACUGCCUGUGUGCCUAAACAGAGCCGAAUGGAAGGAGGUCACACCCAACUACAAUCCAUCCAUCCAUCCAUGUGGUGUGGAUGGAUGAAUGAGCGUGUGUGUGAUGGUGUGUCUGAUUGUGUGUGAGUGUGUGUGCGUGAGUGAGUGUGCGGUGUGUGUUAUGAUAUGGGGCCUCAAUCCUUCCACACAGCUUGGUCGCCUCCAUCCACCGCCGCCCUCGUGUCGUCAAUCGCCGCACCCGAUGCCGAAGUCAGCACCUGGUGGGGGACGCUCGACAGGUUCAUUACCACUGCACCAUCACACACACCAGAAUGCAAAGGCGUCCUCGCACAUCCAAGUCUGACAAGAACUGACCCCUUGGUGUUGUGUUCGUCAUGGCUCCGCCGCUCGAGGCCGACGAUGUUGAGACUGAAGCUCCCGCCUGCACACACACACGGACAUUGGAAUGUGCGUACCUAUGUGGUGAUGUGCUGUGCUGUGCUGUGAUGCGAUGCGAUCUGAUGUUCAUCCGACUGACCACGGCGGCCUGCACCUGGGACUUGGCAUAGGCCGGCACAGCCUGCAUCAGGUCCGACUGCACGACAGAGACGCAUAUGUGACGAAUAUGUGUGGCUGUCUGUCCGUGUCUGUGUGCGGAGCCGUACCAGUGCCGGGAGCCCCGCCUGAGGCGGGGGCUGCAGAGGGCGAUAAGGCAUCGACACUCCCGCAGCGGCAGCGGGUGCAGAGCUCUUGGCCUGACGCAGGGAAAUGGACAGUGGCGUGAUGUGGUGCAAGUGGGAAGCGAUGUGGGUGACAAAGGGGGUCUGUACGCGUGGACGCAGGAGUAUCUUGGGUACAGCUUCGGCCAUCGGAGAGUUCUGGAACGCGCCAACAAGCCCCUGAGUGCCAUGACAGUAGGAGAGAGGGAGACACACAUGCAGAUUCGGUCAUGUGCACACACACACUCAGAAACGUACCUGCAUGUGUACGAGUGGAGGGGUUGGGGGUCGCGAGGGAGCCCCCGGCAUGUGCAUCGGCACAGCUGCAGCCGCCGCCGCCGCCUCCGACUGACACAGUCAUAGGAACGGAGAAUGCGUGUGCUGUGCUGUGGUGGGCUGAGGGUGGGAUUCAUCUAUGUCUGGAUGCCCAUGCGCACCAUAGACAGGGAGCUCCCGUACGAACUUGACUGACACACAGGGAGAGAAAGAGUGCAUACGUCAGGUGGGGUGGGUGGGUGGGUGGAGCUCACUCACCAUUGGACUCGUCGGCGCGAAACCAAAGCUCUGACACGGUUCAGAGAAAGAGAGGGACCGCCUCAGUGUAUUGGGGGAAUGUACCUGAGUUGUGUGUGCUGGCGAGUGCGAUAUUGACGAGGGCGGGCGAGACGGGGCGCCCGCCGACGCCGACAGGGCCUUGGCGCCACCUCCAACCAUACCAUUCUGACACAAAACACGCAAGCAAACAGAGAGAGAGAGGGGGGGGAGAGAUGAGCACGCCUUGUUCUCCACACAGAUGUGCAUAGAGUGCGUGGCGUUAUACAUUCAUGAUGCUACUGUCGCCAACACGGAUCUCAACCUCAGGCAUGCCCUGACAAGAGAAGAGAGAUGUGUACGGUGGAUACACCAUCAAACCGUGCUGGGGGAUGCUUACUGCUCCCGCGGCCCCCCAGUCCCCGCCGCCCCACUGGCCGCCAAGAUCUCCCAUAUCACCCCAUCCCGGAUACUCGUCAUCCCCGCCUCCCUGCUCCUCCUCUUGCUGCUCCUGUGGCGUCUCAGGCAACACACCAGGCGGCAUUAGAGGCAUCAUCAUAUCACCACCACCACCACCGGCAGCCGCCGCCGCCUGUGUACACACAUACACAAACAGCAUCCGUCCUUUUCGUCCGUCUUUCACCCGCUCACCGUCGACAUUUGAUUGUUGUUGAAGCCGUGCGGCAUGACGACCUGGCUCGAUUGCUGCCGCUCCUGCACCGCCUGCGGCUGUACACACAUCAACACGUGCCUGAUGUGCCGUGUGCUCUCUUUGUUCGUUUCUCACGUGCUGAGUGGGGGUGUAGGGGGGGUUGUGUGUGUGGGGGUUCGUGUAGCCUUGCGAUUGGGACUGCCCAGCAAAACUGACCAUGUGCUGGACAGCAACAGAGAGCAAACGACACCAACGCAUGAAUGCAGCCAGCCGUUAUCCACAUCCCUUGUCGAUCUGCUGACCUGUGCCCCAGCCCCUGCAGGAGGGUGUGCUGCAAAUGAGCUGGACGGGCCACCACCAAACUGAGACACACGCAUGAAUUUUCCAAUGUUCCCCCCACGCCCACCCAUCUUUGCCCACCAUGGGAGACGAUGCGUUUAUGAAGGGUUCCUGCUCAUAGCUGGAGGGGAUUGAUGGGAAUGUCGGCGAAUCGAACGCCUUCACACAACAGCACAUAUCAGCAGCGUCACACGCACACACACAUGGAUGUGUCCGUCUGUAGCCCCACCGGUGCAGGCGGGCGUGGCGGGGGGGGGCUGCAUGGCACCGAACGGGUUCAGCGCCAACGAGUUCUACAGCAGGGCAGGAGCAAACAAAAGGACGGUUUGAUUUGGACGGUUUCCCUUGCUGUUUCGCUGACCUGCGCAGUGGGUAUCGAGUUGUUUGAACCGUUCAUCGAUCUGCUGAAACCAUAGGUCUGCAGACAAACAACACACACACAGAGGGGAAGAUACACGCAACACCCACGUGGCUGCGCGUAUUCCCUCCCCGCCCACUGCCCUUGUUGCUUCGCUGACCGGUUCACUUCGUGGAGGGUGUCGCGGCUGAGACAAGCUGCCAUUGGAGCCAACCAUAGCCUGCAGACAAACAACACAGAAGGAGACACGCAACACAUACAUACAGGCAUACGUGCGCCUUCCCUGCUGCUUCGCAGACGUGUGGGUUGGUUGGUCACCUGGUGAAAAGCCUAAGACGACACCACACACGACAAAGAUGCAGCCGAGGUCCCCUGCAUUCCUUGUUCCUCCCUCACCUGUGUCUGCAUCUCAUUCUGUGCCUGGUGACUGCCGCCCUGCAUGAUCUGAUUCUGAGCCGGCCACAAGACACACGGAGGGAAUAUUGACGCAUGCCAUCUGUAGGGUCUGAGGGUCAUACUGUGGCUGCAAAGAGCUCAUUCUGAUGGCGCCGUAACAUGUCCGCAAACUCAUGCUCAUGGCGCCUCCGAGUCGUCAUGAUCUGGAUCUGCUGAAACCUCCACUGAUCCGUGGAACUGGCCAUUGGAUACGC